UCUUUAUUUCUUAAUUAAGCUUCCAGGUCCAAGCAACGAGAAUGGAAGUAAAGACAGUUUUGUUUUUCUUAAUAGUUCAGGACCCUAAUAUGGAGUAAAAUGUGGCCCAUCGAUCCUAGAAACCCUGUUAAAAGUUCCAGAGAUGGCAAGCAAUUUAGUCAAGUCACUCGACCUAGACUCCAAAUCUCUCUCACAUUCCUACACCACUAUCACUCUGAGAUUGUUUCAGUAGUUGCACUCUACCUUCCCGAACUCGGAGGAUCAGAUUCUCCUGCUGAGCUGAGAAACCUAGAAGAGAGAGGCCAGGACCAUUCAGGAACCCUACAGACUUCAAAAGCCGGCUUCCAGAAUUAAGAUUUAAAAGAAUGACCCAAAGUGGAAAGCCUGGCAUGGGAACCUGUCAGCGCUGGUCAAGUUCCCACCCGGACUCUUUUCCCCCUCAGAAUUGUUCUCAGGAAGUGUGGGGGGUGAGGGGGAGUGUUACCACCCAUCUGCCGGAAGUUGCCUUUUCCUGAAUACCUGGCGGUUCUUGCAGCUCAGCUUUCCAUCUCCCGAUUACAAGCUGGCAAGAUGAAAACAUUGGCUGGUAUACAGGGUUUCUCUACCCAGUCCUACGAGCUGUGACCUAGAAAUUCGUUCAUUAAAUAGUUUAAUUAGGUGGCAAAUGUGGCUUGGAUCUUUUAGACACCUAUUCUUCUGGUUAAGAAUGAAACUCAUCAACAUACUUCUGAUUCUGCUCCUCCACUUAGCUGUAAAAAUGCAUUAAUCAGAACUGCCUGGCAUCUUCCUGAGCAAGACUUUCAAUUGGACCCAAUAUGCUUCAUUUCAUCCAGAAGUUUUCUCAAGCAUCUUUAAAGAUGCUGAAGUACCCUUUCACAUUCCGACUAAGAGCCAGCAGAAUAGAAGCACUUUCUCUCAAGACAGGUCUCCAGCAGAACUUUUCCCCUUUGUUUCCAAGGCCUUGGUUUGUCUCAUCAUUUCCAGUGUAUAUGAGCAAGACACAAUACUAUCAUACUUCCCCAUGCAGCUUUAAGAAGCAGCAGAAGCAAGAAGUCCUUCCAGCCAAGCCACCAGGCACCAUAACUUUCCUGCUUGACAGCCCGAAGCCAGUAUUAUACAUAAUUCUGGCAGGACUAAUCCCCUUCGUUGCUCCACCACUGGUCAUGGUGAUGACAGAGACUUAUAUCCCCUUAUUAGCUUUUACUCAGAUGGCUUAUGGAGCCAGUUUCCUAUCUUUCUUGGGAGGGAUCAAAUGGGGUUUUGCUCUGCCAGAAGACAGUACAGCCAAACCAGACUUCCUCAAUUUAGCUAGUAGUACAGCUCCUCUUAUGUUUUCAUGGUUUGCCUUCCUUAUUUCUGAAAGACUCAGUGAAGCUAUAAUCACAGUAAUGGUAGGUUUGGGGAUCGCAUUACACAUUGAACUUUUUCUCUUGCCACAUUAUCCCAACUGGUUCAAAGCCCUUAAGAUAGUAGUCACUUUAGUGGCCUUGCUUUCAUUUAUAAUCACUUUACUAGUUAAAGAUAUUUAUCCAGAGAAGGAACACCAGAGGCCUGGUCAAGUAGAAUAAAUAUAAAACUACUCUGUAGAUGACAUUAGCAAAUAGGUGGUUCCCGUGUGGAGCUGUCAUUGCAGUUGGCCCUGGAAAUUUGCAUUCCCAAGCUCAUUUUAUCUAGUAUAAUGUAGUUAUAUGAGCUGAAAGGAUCUGGCGCUCUAAAAGUUAGAAGGGCAGUAUAACAAAGGGGAAGCCAUAUUCAAAGAAAAGCUGAACACAUUUUCGAGUUUUCAUCCAGUUUUUAUAGACACAACCCCAUCUUCAAAUAACAUCAGCUGGUCAAAAAAAUUUUUUAAAUAAAGCCACUAGUAUAUAUAAGUUAGGAAAAGUCAAACUUGAUGUUCUAACAAGCAGGGUGAUCUAGUUUUACAUGUUAACUCAGAGAAGCUUCUUUAAAAACAAAAGCAACACUUGAUUCUAACUUGAAAAUUUGGUCUCUUGAGAUUAUUCUCCUAAAAAAGGAAAAAACAUUUUAAAUGGCAAAAGACUAUAAUCAGUAGGGGCGUCUCAGUGACUCAGUUAAGUGUCUGACUGAAUUUCAGCUCCGGUCAUGAUCUUAUGGUUUGUGAGUUUGAGCCCCG